UAGAGUGUAGUAGGUAUUAUUCAUGCACUAAUAGCUUUUCUCCAGGCCAAAGGAAAAAGUUAUAGGGGAAAAAAAAAUGAAAUAAAUGGAAGUUAAAACCAACGAUGUAGUAACACUAGGAAAAUCGAUACUAGUUCCUAGUGUUCAAGAGUUAGCCAAAGAAAAUUUAGAGACAGUCCCAGAAACUUAUAUUCAACUUAAUCAAGAUCCUACAAUAAAAUUAGGAGGUGAAGAUGAACUUAAUGAUCUUAAAGUGCCAACCAUCAACAUGAAAGCCUUGCUCGCUGGAGACAAUAUAGAGUUGGAGAGAUUGCAUUCAGCAUGCCAAGAGUGGGGCUUUUUCCAGCUUAUAAACCAUGGAGUGGACACAUCCUUGGUGGAGGAACUAAAGUUGGAGACCAAAGAAUUUUUCAACCUCCCAUUGGAAGAAAAGCAAAAAUACGCACAGACGUCAAAUGAAGUGGAGGGAUAUGGGCAAGUGUUUAUGGUAUCUGAAGACCAGAAGCGUGAUUGGGCCGAUGUAUUCCUCUUCACUACUCUUCCUAAACAUCGACGGAGACCAAACUUGCUCCCCAAAUUGCCACUCCCUUAUAGGGAUACAUUGGAAAAUUACUCUGCCCAGUUACAAAACCUUGCGACCAAACUUCUCGAUUGCAUGUCAAAAGCUUUAAAGAUUGACAUAGAAUUGUUAAGAGGGCUGUUUGGAAAUGAGGGACUUCAAUCUUUCAGGAUGAACUAUUAUCCACCAUGCCCUCAACCUGAGAAGGUCAUAGGUUUAACAGCUCAUUCAGAUGCUGUUACCCUUACUAUUCUACUCCAAUUCAAUGAUGUAGUUGGCCUCCAGAUAAAGAAAGAUGCCAAGUGGGUUCCUGUCCAACCCGUGCCUAACGCUUUCGUGGUUAACAUAGGGGAUAUUUUGGAGAUUGGAACUAAUGGGCUCUAUCGAAGCAUUUUGCACCGAUCAGUUGUGAAUGCAACAAAAGAAAGGAUAUCGUUAGCAGCGUUUCAUAUGCCAGCACUUGAUGCGGAGAUAGGCCCGGUACCCGAGCUAAUACAACCAGGUACUCCGGCCCGAUUUAGAAGGAUAAACGUGGCAGAAUAUUUCAAAGGAUACUUUUCUCGUGCCCUCGACGAAAAAUCUUACCUUGAUGCUAUGAGGAUCAGUGAAAAGGACACUUAAGUGGGCUUGGCGACAAAGAUCAACUUGCUGAAAUAUGCAUUGCAAUAAUAAUCUUUGUUUGACAUGAACUUAAAAUAAAUUUCCAAGAGAGGAAAAAUAAUUGAGCGUAAUGUUAAUUUGAAAAAUAAUCAACUUGAUUUUCAGGUUGGUAGCUAGUGUGAAAUUAUUUCCAUGAAAUCUUAAGUUAAAUAAUGGAUUUAUAUAGGGUCUGUUCUCCUCAA